GACCUUUAGAAAUACUAAUCAUCGGUGCGGGAGUUGCAGGAGUGACAGCUGCAUAUGCUCUUCGCCAAAGUCAGGCAUACCAAGAAGGAAAGUUGGUCGUAAGGCUUGUCGAAAAAAGGAGUCAGGAAACAUGGGGAGGGAGAAUGGGAUUUCCUAUGCAUUUGACCAAGGCCGCACGUAAAGCCCUAGACGAUCUGCUCAUCCCUUCACACAGCACUAAACUUCUUGUCCUUCGACAAAAGAUCCCCAUUCUACAUGACGGCUUGACUGUGCUUUCAUACAGCGGUAAAAUGGUGUAUCGGAUGGUUCGCGAUGUUCGAGGAUGGGGGAUGGUGGAGAGAGCCGACUUGAUUAGUAUUCUGAAAGAAGGAGCAGGGGAAGUGGAGUGGGACAUCGAGGCGCUUGUAGGUGAGCCUGGGAUGGAAAGAGGGAUCGAGGUUUGUCUGAAAGGGAAAAAGGAGGAGGUGGUAAGACCUGAUUUGAUUGUCGGUGCCGAUGGGAUGUUCUCGGCCAUUCGGCAUUGCCUGUACUCUGAUUCCCAAAUGGUUGAGGAUAAACUACCGGGAGGUUUCAGCAAGCUCCCCCAAACGAUCAUAAACCUUCGAACAACCUCGCCUGCCAUGCGAAGAUGGGUUCACGACCCAAAUGGCAUGAACUUGUUAUACGGCGAAUCCUUUUCUGCCACCAUGAUGCCUCUUUCAUUCCCUAGUAUUUACGUCGCACUCACCAUCCCCUCACAAUGGCUCAACCCUUCAUCCCAGGUUAGAAUGAAGGGUGAAGAAAUAAAGCUGGAGCCUACGGUGCAUGGGAAGUUUCUGAGACAGUUGGAACGUGAUCCAGGAUGGGAAAAGAAGGAAACGUACCCGUUAUGGAGUGCCACUAGCACGGUAGGGGGUAAAGGAAGAGUAGUACUAGUGGGUGAUGCAGCUCAUGGGAUGCCGCCAUUCUGCGGGGCGGGAGCUAGUGCUGGGGUCAUAGAUGCCGUAGAACUUGCCAAAGUCAUUGUGGAUCAUCUAAACGAUCCAGUAAACAAUCUCGACGAUGUAUUGCGGGGAUUCCGAGAGAGCAUGAAGAAACGCAAUGACCCAAUUAUACGCCAAUCCAAGAGGAUUCUGUGGCUGGUACAAGCCGAGCGAUGGUAUGAGAAUGCAAUCCGGCGGGCAGUCUUUUUUAUACUGGACCUGGGAGAGAGAAUAAGUGCGCAGCGGGGCAGGAAGGUUGCUGCUGCAAGACCGUGAUGCAAAACACUC